AUGGCAGCUGGCUUGAUGGUGAUGGAUGUGGAGCUGGAUGGGCACAAAGAUGUACGUGACGAUGAUAGCUAUGUUAUUUAGGGAAGUAGGUUGAACAAAUCUGAGUUAUCAAACUGGUUUGCAAGCAAUCAGUUGGACACUGAACUAGGAAAAGUUGUGGUCAAACCAGCAAGGGCAGGGUCAAGCAUUGGUGUUACUGUUGCAUACGGUGUUGAUGAUUCCCUUAAGAAAGCUAAUGAUAUUAUUUUAGAGGGAAUUGAUGAUAAAAUCCUUGUUGAAGUUUUUCUUGAAGGAGCAAGUGAAUUUACAGCAAUUGUCCUUGAUGUUGGUUCUGGCUUUGAUUGCCGUCCUGUGGUUUUCCUCCCAACUGAGGUGGAGCUUCAAUUCCUAGGCAGUGCUGAUGUUGGGGAGAAGGAUGCGAUUUUCAAUUACCGGAGGAAGUAUCUUCCAACACAACAGGUUACAUAUCACACUCCGCCUCGUUUCCCAACCGAUGUUAUUGAAUGUAUACGAAAAGGAGCAUCUCUGUUAUUUCAGCAGCUUGGCCUAUGUGACUUUGCUCGAAUAGAUGGUUGGUUUUUGCCUCCUUCUGUUCAUAUCUCUCCAUCUUUGGAGAUGGGUAAUAAGUUUGGACGGGCUGAAUCGGGUACAGUAGUUUUUACAGAUAUCAACCUGAUUAGUGGGAUGGAGCAGAACAGUUUUUUGUUUCAGCAAGCUUCUAAGGUUGGAUUUUCUCAUUCUAAUAUCCUCCAAACUAUUAUCCAACAUGCUUGCUUGCGGUUUCCUGGUCUUGCAUCAUACGGUAAUUCAUCAAGUGCAUUGCCUCGACAAUCAAAAUCCUCACAAUGUGCUGAAACACAACCCAGUCGCAAAGCUCGAAAAGUUUUCGUCAUUUUCGGAGGUGAAACCUCAGAGCGCCAAGUAUCUCUAAUGAGUGGAACAAAUGUUUGGCUCAACUUGCAAGCAUUUGAUGAUCUUGAAGUAACUCCAUGUUUGCUUGCCCCCAUAAAUGGAUAUUCAUCGAUUAUUAAUCAAGAUAAGAAGGAUAUUGAUUUCCUCUCCAAAACAGUAUGGUCAUUACCUUACUCUCUUGUACUACGGCACACUACAGAGGAAGUUCUUGCGGCAUGCAUGGAGGCACUUGAACCGGCUAGAGCUGCAUUAUCAUCAAAUUUACGGAACCAGGUGAUGAUUGACCUUAUGGAAGGCUUGAAAAAACAAAGUUGGUUUUCUGGGUUUGAUGUAGCCGAUGAUCCACCAUUGAAAUUUUCACUGGAGCAAUGGAUCAAGCUUGCUAAGGAGGUUGAAGCCACUGUAUUCAUUGCAGUACAUGGAGGUAUUGGUGAGGACGGAACACUACAAUCCUUAUUAGAGGCUGAAGGAGUUCCUUAUACAGGUCCAGGUGUUGAGGCUUCCAGAACUUGUAUGGACAAAGUUGCAACUUCUCUCGCUCUUAGCAAUCUAGCAAGGUUUGGAGUGCAUACCAUACCUAAGGAUGCCUGUAGCAAAGAGGAUCUGUUGAAUUCCCCCAUAACUGGUAUUUGGCAUCACUUGACCACUAAACUUCAAUGUGAAACAUUAUGCGUGAAACCGGCUCGGGAUGGGUGUUCAACUGGAGUUGCUAGAUUAUGCUGCGCUGAGGACCUUGCUGUUUACACAGAUGCAUUGAAGAAUUGCCUUUUGCGCCUUCCUUCUAAUAGUUUAUCAAAGGCACAUGGAAUUAUUGAGAUGCCAAACCCUCCUCCGGAGUUGUUACUCUUUGAACCUUUUAUUGAGACUGAUGAGAUAAUUGUUUCAUCCAAAUCAACAAAUGAAAAUGCACAUUGCCUAAUGUGGGAAGGACGUAGUAGAUGGGUUGAAGUGACUGUUGGUGUUGUGGGUAAAUGUGGAGAAAUGCACUCACUGAGUCCUAGUGUUACUGUCAAGGAAACUGGUGGCAUUUUAUCACUUGAGGAGAAAUUUCAAGGUGGAACCGGCAUCAAUCUGACUCCACCCCCAUCAUCAAUUGUUAGGUUUGUCUAGAAAGUCCUCAUUCAA